ACGGAAUGGGCAGGAGACAAUCACUGGGGCAAGUGCGAGCAGAUACGGCUACACCUGUCAAACUGCGUGUUCUCCGGCGUCUUGUUUUGAAAAUGCGACAAGGACAGGCGUUAACUAAAACGUCUACUAUGCGCUGAUCGUUUGGUGUGCUUUGACACACCAAGUUAUUUUUUUAUUUCACAAGAACGACUUCUUGAUUAAAGAUCGUCACUCCACUUCUGAUGUUUGAUGGGUCACCCAUCCGCUGGACAUUUUUUACAUCUGUUUCCGUAUAACAAGUGUAUAUGGUGACAGUGACGGUUGAGAGGGCAUGUACUCUGUCUCCAGUGAACCCAGGAUGAAAAUCUGGAUUAAUACCUACUAGUUUCUCUAUUUGGUUGUCAUAUUCGGCGACGCAUUGAGGACCGGGCACAGAUGAUGGAAUAACAGCACAUGGGCAUCACGCAAUUGUGCUACAUUUGCUGAUAGUGUUUUUUUUACACAUAGCCUAUUUCAUCCUACGUUUUAGGAGACUGUCAAAUCUCCCUGAGCCACACUGUCAAUGCCGACUAGUUCAAUUGUGUGCCUCAUGAGAUACAGACUCAGACAAUACCCCGAAGAGGCAUAGCACAUAGAGAAUUCUUCGACUUCUUGAACAUGGAGUUGCUAACUUAAAACGGAGUGUUUUCGUAAUGGUCAUAGAUAUUCUUCUGAUGGACACCGAAUGGUGUAUAUUGCAUGUCGUACAAAAUUGACUUAUUUGCGCUGGUGGUGUUAUCUCGUGAAAGCCCACAACAUUAUCAGGACAUUUUACAUAAUUGGAUUGGUAAAGAUGAUCUUGUUUCGUAAAUUCCGUGUACUGAUUCUCAUGGUUUUCCUGGUUGCGUGCACCAUGCACAUUAUGAUAGACUUACUACCGAAACUGGAGAAACGCGCCGCAGGAACGAACUCUGGCACUGGAGGCUGCUCGUGCUCCCAUAAUCCGAGCGAAGAACCACGGAAUUGGGCAAAGCAACAAGCGAGGUCGGGACCAGAAUCAGGUUGGCCUAACAAACACACUUUGAGGAUUUUGCAAGAUUUCAGCAACGAGCCAAGUUCCAAUCUCACCUCUCACUCACUGGAAAAGGUCACGGGGACAGCAGAUAAAGCUGAUUCCAUGAAGCGCAUGAGGCAGGUCCCUGGGAAUGCCGAAAACCAGAAACCACUAAUCAAGGAUACCGGUGCAGGAAAGAGGGCAUAUGCUUCAAGUUUAUCACGCCUAGAAGCUUUGUAUGAUCAUCCAUUAUACAAAAUUGACCUGCCCUCGCUCACGGACGAUGACACUCUGUUCAGCGUCAACACUGACAUCCGACUAUAUCCCAAAGCUGCUGGGAAUCCAGAUUGGCACCACGAGGCCAACGGCGAGGAGGAGGAGUACAGUCCCACGGGGGGCGCCGCGGCCGAGUCCUACCCCAACUGGCUGCGCUUCCACGUGGGCAUCAACCGCUACGAGCUGUACGCCCGCCACAACCACGCCGUCGAGGCGCUCCUCAAGGACCUGGUGUCCCAGAGCAUCACCAGCGUGGCCAUGAAGUCAGGAGGCACCCAGCUCAAGCUCAUCAUGACCUUCCACAACUAUGGACAAGCCCUCUUCAAGCCUAUGAAGCAGACAAGGGAACAAGAAACCCCUCCAGACUUCUUCUACUUCUCAGACUUUGAGAGACACAAUGCUGAGAUAGCAGCCUUCCACCUGGACAGGAUUCUGGACUUCCGUCGCGUGCCGCCGGUCGCCGGGCGCCUUGUCAAUAUGACGAGGGAAAUCCGGGACGUGACUCGGGACAAGAAGCUGUGGAGGACCUUCUUCAUAUCCCCAGCCAACAACAUCUGUUUCUACGGCGAGUGCUCGUACUACUGCUCUACUGAGCACGCUCUGUGCGGCAAGCCGGACCAGAUCGAGGGCUCACUGGCCGCCUUCCUCCCGGACCUGGCCCUGGCCAAGCGCAAGACCUGGAGGAACCCGUGGCGCCGCUCCUACCACAAGCGCAAGAAAGCCGAGUGGGAGGUGGACCCUGACUACUGUGACGAGGUGAAGCAGACGCCCCCGUAUGACCAAGGCACUCGACUCCUGGACGUCAUGGACAUGACCAUCUUUGAUUUCCUCAUGGGCAACAUGGAUCGUCACCACUACGAAACCUUUGAGAAAUUUGGCAACGAGACGUUUAUCAUCCACUUGGACAACGGCCGAGGGUUCGGGAAGCACUCUCACGACGAGCUCUCCAUCCUGGUGCCCCUCAGCCAGUGCUGCAGAGUGAAGCGCUCCACCUACCUGCGCCUCCAGCUGCUGGCCAAGGAGGAGUACAAGCUGAGCGGCCUGAUGGAGGAGUCGCUGAUGCGGGACCGGCUGAACCCGGUGCUGAUCCGGCGCCACCUGGAGGCCCUGGACCGGCGGGUGCGCGUGGUGCUCCAGGUGCUCUCCGACUGCGUGGAGAAGGAGGGCUUCGGCGGCGUGGUGGAGGACGACCUGGCGCACGGCUACCGCGCCCGAGGAGGGGGCUCCCCGCAUCACGAGCCCGGCGCCCGGGGCAGGUAGUGAGCCCCCCGGGGAGGAGAGGGAGGGGGGGGGGGGGGCGGGUGUAUGGGAGAGAGCGCGAGGGGACUACUGGGCUACAAGGGCGAUGGGCGGCUUCUUUUUCGGGCCGGCCCGAUGGUGCUUAGCCACUAGGUUGCGGAGGAGGAGGAGGAGGAGGAGGAGGAGGAGGGUGGACAGACCAUUCUACUACCCCCUCUCCUCCUCUCAACUGCCCCUAAAACUGAACACUGCAGGAGUAUCGGUGUCAGAGGAGGCACUUGCUCGCCGGUUGGGGGAGACCUUGCACCUCGAGCCCUCCGCCUCCAUCUUGAAUUCAGUGAAUUCCAGACCAAGACUUGCUGUAAACCACCUCUCUACCCACAAAGCCACUGUGUGUGUGUGUGUGUGUGUGUGUGUGUUUAUGGGUACACUAUGGAGUGUGUGCACACACACGAGGGACUGCGGCUCAACCUUGGCAGAGGGACAUUGUCACAGGAGAUGAAUCAAAUGUGAGAUGUUUCGGUUUGACACAGGCCGCCGGCAGGAGGAAGGACUCUCUCUUGAUGUAUAUUUUGUUUGUUCAAAGAAAGCUUAUUUGAGAUUCGAGUGCUGCUCUUUUUUUCUCUGCGUGUGUGUGCGUGUGUGCGUGUGUGUGUGUGUGUGUGUGUGUGUGUGUGUGUGUGCGUGUGUGUGUGUGUUUGUUAAACUAUGCCUUUAUAAUUAGAGAGCAACAUUUCGGCAUAAUUUAUUAAAAAUUGCACAUGUAUCCACUGGAAAAAUGUCACGCAGUACAAUAGCGAAAUAAUAAAAAGUUCAAUGUGUAUUUGAUGGGAAGAGAGAUGCGAUGGAAGCCGUCACCACUGGGCUAGAACAAAUCGCGUGUCUUACAUGCUCAAUCUCACAGCAGCUUGUGAGGGAGCCAACACUCAUAGUCCUCCAUUCGUACAGUAUACCACAGUCCCUCUUGGAGCCUACUGCACACGGACAGACAGUCGAGCAGGGCAGUGCUUAUCCAUCCGUGAGUGUUUUCACAUAUCCUGCUCCCACUGAUCACUGUCAUUUGGGUCAGACGGGACAUUAGGCGGUUUAUUUCGUUAUAUUAGCUCAGACUCAAAAAUUGUCUGCCCCCUCAGUCAAAAUAUAACCAUAACUCACUGAGAUGUUUUUUUAAAGAGAGCCGACCAAUAGUUGUGUGGGAACCCAGAGCUGCCGCUUGUACGGGUUGCCUGUAUGAGCUGUCCUUUACUACCACAGACAUCCUCUCUCAUCUGUUCCCCAAACACACCGAAAGCUGGCAGCCCCCCCCCCCCCCCCCUUCCAAAACAAACAAAAUGACAUAAACUAAACAAGAGAGAGGACUGCUGGGAUGUCUAAUCUGCUUUGGGGAGGUUUUUGGUUGUUUGUGGUUUGUGCUGCAUUACCACACCCAGCGGCCCGGUCCACUCCACCAGGUCCGUCUGCUUUUCUGACCAGUCAGCAGGCCAGCGUCAUCUGUCAUCCUCAUGCUGCUUCCGUGUGUCGGUGAACAGGUCAGCAAACAGCGUACACUGCAGAAAAAGAGCCGUCCUAUGAAGGAUCCUGGCUGGAUUAGUGAACUGUCAUUAGAUGUUAAGUCUUGGGUAUUAAGGCCAUACAGGUGAUUACAAAUAAAACUAGUAGGGGGAUAGAUGGAUGAUUUUAGCUUUGAUUUUGUAGUAGUUGUGUUUAGUAGUGAGCUUAAGGCUUACUGGAAAUCUUUACAGGGUUCAGUGGGGUUGCGUUUCAUCAAUUCAUUGUUACUGCAUUGACUUUUUUUUUUAUUAUUAUUGUUUUCAGUGCCCAAUGAAACAUGAUUUACUUUAACUGGAGAGUGCCUUUAGUUCUUGGGUUGAGUUCUCACACAGGCAACAUCAGUUAUGAGAUCUCACAGUGCCAACUGUUCUGCUAAGAAACGUCCAUUGUGACACUGAGAUUAAAAGCAGCAUGAUAGUUUAAUAUUUUAUGUCUUGUGUUUUGCUUUUGAAAAUUAUUUAUUGAACUGCGUACCAAAAUACAGUGACAGAUGGGAGAUGGA